AUGCUCAGAUUCUCAGUGAUUCUCCAAGGCAAGUUACAAGCGCAAGAGGUCACAGGUGGCAACCUCAACUACGCCUUUGCCGUGCGUGACGCCAAGGGCCAUGCGGUCUUUGUGAAGCAAGCCCCUGACUUCAUCAAGGUCAUUGGGCCUGCAGCACAGCUGACGCGUGAGCGGAUGCGCUUAGAGGUGCAGGUCUACCAGGAGUGGGUCGACAAAGGCGAGAAAGCGGAAAACAAUGUUGGUUUCCACGUGAGGUUUGAUGAGGAAGCCAUGGCAUUCAUUAUGGAGUUCCUUGGCUCCUCUCAGCUUCUACAACAGAGCCUUUUCCAGGGUGAGGCACAGGAGACGCUGGCCAAGAGCCUUGGAGAAUGCAUGGCGAUAAUGCACUCGAGGACGCAUUGCAGCAAGCUGGAUGCCGGCGGGCGUGCUCGUUUGGCUGCGAGCUAUGAGAACCGCCUUCUUCGAGACAUCCAAUUGGAGUAUGUUUUUUCCAAGUGCUACAGAGAAGAUCCCCGCGCGGCUAUGCUACGGGAGGAUUCUGGCUUCAUGACAGAGGUGGAGAAUCUGAAGGCCAUCUACAACGGCCAAAACCAAGAGAACCUGUCCCUUUGCCACGGCGAUUUGCACGCAGGCAGCGUCAUGGCCACUCGUAGCUAA